CACCAACCAAACCAAAUACUUUAAUACUAUUAAUUAAACGUUUCCUUCAACUUCUUCUUCUUUAUUAUAUUUGUGCUUUCCGUAAAUAUCACGAAAUUCGAUUUCCCCCAAUUUCUAGGGUUUCUGUGAAACCCUAUCUCGUUGCGAUUAUUCCUCCAAACUUUGCCUUGUUUAAGUUCCUUUUGAUCAUCCAGAUCACCAUGUCAAGUUUGGAGGAGCCACUUGGCCUUGACAAGUUGCCAAGCAUGAAUACCAUAGAUAGAAUCCAGAGGUUCUCAUCUGGUGCUUGCCGUCCCAGAGGAGAUAAUUUGGGUAUGGGAAACUGCUGGAUUGAAGGACGAAUCUGCAGCACAUCGAACAGCUGCAAUGAAGACAACGAGGAAUAUACAACAGAGACAUUCCCAUGGAGAAGGCAAACAAGGGACCUGUCCCGAGUUGACUCUUUCAGUCAAAAGACUAUGACCAUGGGGUGGAACUCGAUGAAAUGUGGAAUGAUUGAUAAUUCACUUUACGCCUCAGAUUACCAGUAUAGUCCAAAGUGCAAUAACAAAAAUAUACAGGAUAUGGCAUAUAAGUUUAUGAAAGGUAUACCAAAAUUUGUAAAGAUAGUAGAAGUUGGUCCAAGGGAUGGACUACAAAAUGAGAAAAACAUUGUACCAACCGAUGUAAAGAUUGAAUUGAUUCAUAGAUUGGCAUCUUCUGGGUUAUCUGUUGUUGAAGCUACUAGUUUUGUAUCUCCCAAAUGGGUCCCACAGUUGGCAGAUGCGAAGGAUGUAAUGCAAGCAGUUCAGAACCUGGGAGGCAUUAGAUUGCCAGUUCUGACUCCUAAUUUGAAGGGUUUUGAAGCUGCUAUAGCAGCCGGUGCUAGAGAAGUAGCUGUUUUUGCAUCAGCUUCUGAAUCAUUCUCGAAAUCAAAUAUUAAUUGUAGUAUUGAAGAGAGUCUCGCUCGCUAUCGAGCUGUUACUCUUGCUGCUAAAGAGCUUUCAAUUCCUGUUCGAGGGUAUGUAUCAUGCGUUGUUGGAUGCCCAGUGGAAGGGUCAAUCCCUCCGUCAAUAGUAGCAUACGUAGCUAAAGAAUUAUAUGAUAUGGGUUGCUUCGAAAUCUCUCUUGGGGAUACAAUUGGAGUUGGUACUCCAGGAACUGUAGUUCCAAUGCUUUUGGCUGUAAUGGAUGUUGUGCCAGUGGAGAAGCUUGCUGUCCACUUCCAUGACACUUACGGACAAUCCCUUCCAAAUAUUCUUGUGUCCCUCCAAAUGGGGAUAAGUGCAGUGGAUUCUUCAGUUUCUGGUCUAGGUGGCUGUCCAUAUGCUAAGGGAGCUUCAGGAAAUGUAGCUACCGAAGAUGUUGUGUACAUGCUGAAUGGACUUGGUGUCAAAACCAACGUUGAUCUUGGAAAGCUCAUGUCAGCUGGUGACUUCAUCAGCAAGCAUCUGGGGCGUCCAUCUGGCUCAAAAACUGCGGUUGCCUUUAGCCGAGUCACAGCUGAUGCUUCCAAGAUAUGAUAGUAUGUUCUGCCACAAAAAGUUAUAUAUUUAGAUGCUUCAAGCAAUGAGAACACACUCCAUUCUAUGUUUCAUCCUUUCCCCCCAUAAUCAUAGAGAAGGAAUAAAGUUCCCACUCACGUUGAUGAGCUGGGAAGGAAGAAGUAAUGCAUGUAAUCUGCCAUAGCAAGUGCAAGUGCAAGUGCAAGCUUCUCAUUUGAGUAUAAGCUUGCCAUUUUUAUCCCUAUUUUUUUGUUGAGUUUGACAUCAUUCAUCCAUUGUGCAUGAUAUUUAGUCAUACUACGAGUGACUCGUAUAAUUCUGAAAAGAUCAAAGAAAAUAUUAUUUACACUUAA